AUUGAAUUCGAUUCGUAUUUGGCGAAAGUAGCAGAAAAGUAGCACAAAUAGUAUAAAAAGAAAAUCUAAGUGCUUUCGCAAUGAAUCCCGCAACUGAUCCGUGGGUUAUUACCCAAAGAGAAAAGUUGAAGUAUCAGGAACUAUUCAAAGCUCUACAGCCACAGGCUGGAUUCGUUACUGGGGCACAAGCAAAAGGGUUCUUUUUGCAAUCGCAAUUGCCUCCGCUUGUUCUGGGACAAAUAUGGGCAUUAGCGGACACCGACUCUGAUGGCAAAAUGAAUAUCAAUGAGUUUAGCAUAGCGUGCAAAUUGAUUAAUUUGAAGCUGCGCGGCUUGGAAGUACCAAAAGUUUUACCACCCACUUUACUUGCGUCUCUAACAGCUGUCGGCGGUACGCCAAUUUUGACACCCACUGGCACGGGCAGUUUGAGUCCGUUGGAUCCACUAAAAUCAAUGGCUACAGGUGUUAAUCCACCUGCUGUUUCUGGUGUCGUUCCUAGCAUUCCGAUAUCAGGAGCAACAUUGCCAGGGGCUGUGCCUGCUGUACCAGGCAUUGUGCCAGGUACUCUACCUGGCGUGCUACCACAAGCUUUACCAGCUACAAUGACUGCAGGCGUGCCUCCUGGUAUUCCUCCGACAGGUAUUCAAGCUGCUCCUAUUCCAGUUACAGCUGUCGGCGCUGCCGGAAUGGUUUUACCUGGCGGCGUAAUGCAGCCUGGCGUGAUGCCUGUAGGCGCAACUGGCGUGCCCGGAAUGACAGCCAUAGCUGGAGUAGGACCUAUCGCAGGUGUUGGAGUGCCUGGAAUGAUGCCAGGCAUGGUGCCCCCUGUUCCUGGUGGCGUACCCAUACCUGGUAUGGUACCAAUGCCAGUUGUUGCAACUAGCGGUGCAGUUCCGCCAAAUAUGAUCCCUGGUAUAACAGCUGUAUCAAGUGGUAUAUUACCGCCACCAAGCAAAGUUGUUUCACCACCAAAUAGUGGUGAGGUAACCAAGGUCCCGGCCUUACCAACACCACCACAAAGCAACCCACCCAGUCGCCAUAUGUCAAUUUCAGAACGCGCACCAUCAAUUGAAUCGCCUCAGAGUGAGUGGGCUAUUAAGGGACCAGCCAAGCGAAAGUACACACAAGUCUUCAAUGCUACGGAUCGCACCCGUUCUGGCUAUUUGACUGGCGCGCAAGCACGCAGCAUUCUCGUACAAAGCAAGUUGCCUCAAGCUACACUGGCACAGAUUUGGACACUUUCUGACUUGGACUCGGAUGGGCGUCUAAGUUGUGAUGAGUUUAUUUUGGCUAUGUUCCUUUGCGAUAAGGCCAUGAAUGGGGAAAAGGUACCCGUUACCUUGCCACUCGAUUGGAUACCACCUAGUUUUCGGAAGAGUAAAUCACGUCAAGGAUCUGUAUCAGGAGUGGGCUCACGUCCCGGAUCUACAACAACAUCGCGACAUGCUUCUGUGUCGUCACAAGGAGCUGUGGACGCUGAUCCGACAGCAGGCCUUCCGCAAACAACGUUUGAAGACAAACGUAAAGAGAACUUUGAUAAAGGCCAAGCGGAGUUGGAUCGCAGGCGUAAAUUACUUCAAGAUCAACAACGCAAAGAGAAAGAGGAACGUGAACGUAAAGAACGUGAGGAGGCAGAGAAGCGUGAGAAAGCACGGCUUGAAGCCGAAAGAAAGCAACAAGAAGAGUUAGAGAGGCAGCUACAAAAGCAACGCGAACAGGAAAUGGAAAAAGAAGAACAACGAAAACGAGAGUUAGAAGCUAAAGAGGCAGCCAGAAAGGAGUUAGAAAAGCAGCGCCAAAUGGAGUGGGAGCAAGCACGCAUAGCCGAGAUGAAUGCUCAAAAGCAACGCGAACAGGAACGUGUACUAAAGCAGAAAGCGCACAAUACACAACUCAAUGUAGAGUUGAGCACUCUUAAUGAAAAGAUCAAAGAUUUGUCCCAAAAGAUUUGCGAUACACGUGCUGGUGUAACAAAUGUUAAAACUAUAAUUGAUGGCAUGCGCUCACAAAGGGAUACUUCAAUGUCUGAAAUGGCACAGCUUAAGGCGCGUAUCAAGGAGCAAAAUGCGAAGUUACUGCAACUUACACAAGAGCGAGGUAAAUGGGACGCGAAGAGUAAGAGCACAGCUUUGGGGGGCGGCACAGAUGCAGCUCAACAAGAGCAAUUGACUGCUGCUUUUGCCAAUAAACAAUUGGUAAUAAAGCAGGUUAGAGACAAAGUCGAAAACAUCCGUAAUGAAAUCGAAUCCAAAAAAGAAGAUAUCAAUUCAAACGAUCUACAAGUUGCCGAAGUCAAAGGCGAACUAUCGGCGCUGAUAACGAAAUGUGAAGAACUCUAUGCUGACUACGAUACGCAACGUACACAAGUGCUUGAAUUGAAAUACAACAAAAAGAAUGACAACGUAUCGGCAGCGACUUCCGCCUGGGAUACAGGCUCCACUGCCUGGGGCACCAGUGUUGAUCAAUAUGCUCUCUCUAAUGAUACAAGUGCAAUGGCAGAUACAACAGCAACAACGGCUGCACCUGUUGACAUGUCCGGUCCAGCACCUGAAGGGUUUGUCAAAUAUCGUGCUGUGUACGAGUUUACAGCACGCAAUCAAGAUGAGAUUACAUUCGUGCCUGGUGAUAUUAUUCUGGUACCACUGGAACAAAAUGCUGAGCCGGGUUGGUUGGCGGGCGAAAUAAAUGGACACACUGGCUGGUUCCCAGAAACGUAUGUGGAGAAAAUCGAAGAUGAAUAUGCGUCUGUUACAACGUCGCCAGCCAUUGCGGCGGGAGCGGAUACUGAUGCGCAAAUAAGCGGUUAUGCGGCACAAGACGUCUUCAAUGAAAAUAGUCAGAGCCUUGCAGCCGAUGCACACAACGGUGAAGUGGAAUAUUAUAUCGCUGCGUACCCCUACGAAUCUGCUGAAGUAGGUGAUUUAAGCUUCAAUGCUGGUGAAAUGGUUAUGGUAAUUAAGAAAGAAGGCGAUUGGUGGACAGGAACAAUUGGAACACGAACCGGUAUGUUCCCGUCCAACUAUGUGCAGAAGGCGGAUGUAGGCGCAGCAGUGGCUGAGGCAGCAGCUGAUAUCGCCAGCGACUUUGAUGAUCAGAAGGGAAAUGGCAACGCUGAUAUAGCCGCCGCUAGUAGCGUCAUAACAGCCACUUCACCACACGAUCAAAUGACAAGCCAUGACACAACUGCAACAACAGCAAUACAUCAACAACUACAACAAAAAAUUAGUAGCGAUUUUAGUGCAGAAGCGGCUAUUGAUCAUAGUACUGCAGCAGCUGCAUCUGCCGAGGAAACGCGUACAAAUGAAGACUUGGACACGGAAGUUUCACAAAUCAAUACACAAUCAAAGAAUCAAAAUGAAUCUGCGGAAUCGUAUAGUCGCCCAAUGUCACGCACCUCUUCCAUGACGCCUGGUAUGCGCGCCAAACGCUCAGAAAUUGCACAAGUAAUAGCGCCAUAUGAAGCCACCAGUCCUGAACAGCUUUCACUGACCCGCGGCCAAUUGAUAAUGAUACGAAAGAAGACCGAUUCUGGUUGGUGGGAGGGUGAACUGCAAGCUAAAGGCCGUCGUCGCCAAAUCGGUUGGUUCCCAGCCACAUAUGUGAAGGUGUUGCAAGGCGGACGCAAUAGUGGACGCAAUACACCCGUCUCGGGCAGUCGCAUCGAAAUGACGGAACAAAUUUUAGACAAAGUCAUUGCUUUGUAUCCAUAUAAAGCACAAAACGAUGAUGAACUCUCUUUUGAAAAAGAUGAUAUUAUUAGCGUACUGGGACGUGAUGAACCCGAAUGGUGGCGAGGCGAACUAAAUGGCUUAUCCGGUUUAUUCCCUAGCAAUUAUGUUGGUCCAUUUGUGACGUCCGGUAAGAAGGCGAGCAAUGGCAAAUAGCACAAGUUAUUAUUCUACAUAUAAUGCGCACAAGAAUGAAUUACUAUACAUAUUUGUUAUUAUGUUUAAUAAUUUAAUUUUUAGGUUAAAUAUUCUAAAACAAUUUUAUUUUGUAUACAUAUACAUACAUCGUUUUUUUUUAUUGUUUACUCUGGUUUUUAUUCUCGCUCUCUUCGUAACCAUAACAGUGGUGUAUUAUUGAAAUAAUCAAAAAA